AUGAUGAAGAAAUCAACAGAGCCACAGUGGAAAGACUUGGAUCCAUUCCUUUUGUGCCUUAUAUUUAGCCACUUGAGCUUGCAAGAUCAGCUUUCUUGUGUGCCUUUUGUGUGCCAUUCUUGGCUCUCUGCAUUGCUACACACUCUCUUUGAUCACCCAAAUCUUGAUCUUACUUCAUUACAGGAUCUUGAUGGUCAUGAUCAGCAGCUUCAGCUUCGACAGCUUUCGAGAUACUUUUAUCUUCUUAGGCUUGCCAUUAAGCACUGCAAGAAUUGGGUGUCACUUUCUUUGCCUUGCAGGAACAUGCCUGAUUUCGCUACCCUUAUGAGUGUAGCUGAGCAGACUCCGAGCAUUUGUCGCGUGGUGGUGCCUUGUGAGGCUUCUGUGGAUGUUUAUCCAGUUUUUGUUGCUGUCAUGUAUUGGAGGAAUCUGAGGGCUUUUCAGGGUCCUUUCCGGGGGAGUCAGUUUGUUGUGCAGCUGGCGGAUUAUUGUGAGAAGAUUGAGGAGCUUGGCUUACAUGGUAAGUUUUCUGAGAAGGACGUUUCCUGCAUAGUCAAAGGCUUUCCGAGACUCAAGGUGCUGGAUUUGUCAGACUCCACUCUACCUGCUGCUGCUGUGAGUGUAGUAAUGGAUGGAAGGCUGAAAUGCAUCAGGGAUCUGAAUGUGGUGCACUGCAAGUUUCUCGACGAGGACGGGAAAGAUAUGAGGAUCAAUUAUGUAAAGUGGAAGGCUUUCAAGCUUGAGAUUCUUGAGAAAGCUUCUGGUAUCAACACCAUGAAGAAGUUUAUGCAUUGCUUCAGGGAGAGAACAGAGAAACCAUGUGAAGAUUGCGGUGUGAUCGAUUUGGAGGAGAAGUAA